UCACUGCUCCCCAGAAGGGGAUGAAUCAUAGGUGGGGGGCUGCCUCAAGCCAGGAGACAGGGCCCAGCUGUCAGCCCAGGGGCUGAGGGAGAUAAAUGGGCCCUGAAGAGGGCAGAGAGGCAGACCACAGCACAGCACUGCCUGGCCCUAGCUAACCCUAGAGGAGACUGCUACUGGUAGGACUGGGGUCAAGGUGGGUGGGCAGGGCCUUUGGGGUUGAAUGGAUCUGGGAUUUGGGUCAGUGGAGGUCUCUGAACCUGAGGCGCCCUGGGAUCUCUGGCUGCUUCUCUGCCUCAAGGACCCCCAUUCCUGCCUUUCUUUGCCCUGGAUCUACUACAAGCUUUCUCGCUCAGACCUCAGGCUCCCCUUUGGUCCCUCUGUGUUUCUCUCUCUUUGCAUCCUUAUUUCCAUCACACUGUCUCUGGGGCAGUUUCUGUCUCUUUUUUUUUGUUUGUUUGUUUUUUGCGGUACGCGGGCCUCUCACUGUUGUGGCCUCUCCCAUUGCAGAACACAGGCUCCGGACGCACAGGCUCAGCGGCCAUGGCUCAUGGGCCCAGCCGCUCCGCGGCACAUGGGAUCUUCCCAGACCGGGGCAUGAACCCAUGUCCCCUGCAUCGGCAGGCAGACUCUCAACCACUGCGCCACCAGGGAAGCCCUCUGUCUCUUUUUUCUUCCACUCUCCAUUUGCUCCGCCUCCCUCUCAUUCAUUUCCAUCUCUUUCUCCCUCUCCCUCUCCCCUCCCUCCCUCCCUUUCUUCUUCUUCUUCUUGUUCUUCUUCCCUCCCCCCCAUCUCUCUCUCUAUAAAAUAUAUCCAUAUCUAGAUGUACCUGUGGCUCUCUGUCUCUGGGUUUCUCCAUCACUUUGUCUAUCUCUGUCUCUUUCACUCUCUUUCUCACUCUUUCUUUCCCUCUGACCCCUUCUCUGCCUGGCUCUGUCUGUUAUCUCUGUCUCACUCUGGCUCUCUCCUUGUUCCUUCAUCUGUUUCUGUCUCUCUCUGUCCCUGGCCUGGCCGCUCUCUGUCUCUCUGCUUUUCCCAUCUGUCUCUGUCUAUGGGCCAUAGCUGACCAGGGCCCCUGCCCUGAACCUGUUUUCUCCUCGCAGCCUGACCACACGAUGACCAGGUGGGCUCUGCUGGUGCUGAUGGUCCUGACAUUGGGCAGGACUCUGCUUGUCCCAGCAACCCCUAUCCCAGGCUUCCAGCUUCUCCCUCAGAACUUUCCCCAGGCCACUCCCCGCCCUGUGACCUCAGAGAGGCUUUCAGCCAGCACCACAGGCCCCUCCACUGCUUGGGGCCGCCCCGGCCCUGGCCCCCGCCCUGGCCCCCGCAUCACCCUCUCGCUGGAUGUCCCCCUUGGCCUCCUGCGGAUCUUACUGGAGCAGACCCGGGCCAGGGCAGUGAGGGAGCAAGCUGCUGCCAAUACCCACAUCCUGGCCCAUGUUGGCCGCCGCUGA